GUGCGCAUGCGUCUAUAGGAAAAGGCGUGCAGCGCAAAGCGCUGCCUAACUUGCAUUCCGAUGGACCUCUUGACAGUCAAACUGAAAAAUUAUGUGAAUUUCUUCUUUGAGUCAUUUUUCUUUCUUGCAAUCAUGCAGUUGGCGAAGUACUUGUAAGGACAAUAUCGAAAUAAGACCAGUCAAGCCAUACUGAACACCUACUACUGAGGAGGACUGAGGACAAAAACAUUAACGGCACCACUCUUUCUUCAAAUGGUAACUCUGGCAUCGCUGAGUCCUGGUAUGAGAAGAAACUAGCUAGCUGUUGGUAGCUAGUCAUAAAUCAUUGCUCGUCUGGAGAGUGCCGCUCUGCAGGUGUGCUGUUCUGGAGCCGGGGGCCCGUCGGAUUGGCCCCCCCCCCGCUGCUCGUCCAGGUCGGUCAGCUGUCGCAUGCCUACUCGUUAAGGGCUCCGCGCUCUGAUUCCUUGAUGGUCAAUCUUCACAGUGAAGUGUGAACCCUUUGAGCAAGUAUCCGCCCAGCUACCAGGGAGGGAACCACUGUGAAAAGAGGAGCCCACGGUCCCGAGAUGGAGAUGACCUCAGGAACAGGGUAACGCCAUGUGCAGUUCAGAGAUGAGAGCGCGAUGGAGCAUGUGAAGAUGUCUCUCAAGACGGCGAAAACAUGGUCCGUCAGACUGAUAACUGUGCUGCUGUUCUUCAUCUCGUUCUACAUCUCCCACGUCUUCCUCCAGAGCUACGCAGGCACCAGCAAGGCCCGCACCCCCAGCAGAAUGGCCUGCAGCACCUGGACGAACGGCUCGAAGAAGUGGGAGGCGCUCGGCUUUAACGUGACGAGAAGGGCGCAGCUGUUCCUCCGGCUGGGAGACUUCCUCUGGAAAGACUCCUCGUCUUCGUCUCUGCCACUGCCUUACGGCGUGAAGGGCAGCGAGUUCUAUCUUCUGAAAGUCUUAGCCAUCGUGGCUAACUACGGAAUGCCAGACCGCAUCGAGAGCCUGCCAUGCAGAACCUGCGUUGUCAUUGGAAACGGUUUCGGCAUCAAGAACAGCUCGCUCGGGGCCAUGAUAAACAAGUACGACGUGGUGAUCAGACUGAACAACGCCCCCGUGCGGGGCUACGAGCGCGACGUCGGCAGCAAGACCACCAUGCGCUUCUUCUACCCGGAGUCGGCCUCCGACAACCCCGACUUCCACAACGAGCCCAACACCAUGAUGGUGCUGGUGCCCUUCAAACAGCAGGACCUGCGCUGGAUCAAAGAGAUCCUGUACGACGAGAAGAGGAUGAGGAGAGGGUUUUGGAAGCCCCCUCCACAGUUCUGGCUGGGUAAGGCCAGUCAGAUCCGCAUCCUGGAUCCCUUCUUCAUGCAGCAGACCGCCAGCCGCCUGCUCAACCUCCCCAUGACAUCGAUUAACCAGAAUCCCUCGCACCCCACCACGGGGAUUCUGGCCAUAUACGUCGCCAUGAACUUCUGCGACGUGGUUCACGUGGCCGGGUUCGGAUACCCCGAGAACAGGGACCAGAGGCAGCCCAUUCACUAUUACGGGGGCGACACCAUGCGGUCCAUGACGGCUUCGCACCACGACCUCCGACGUGAAUCGGAAGCUCUGAGGAGACUGGAGCACACCGGUGCCAUCCUGUUCCUGACCCGCCCCUCCUGACUCACGGACUGCUGUUGCUCACUCACACACCCACACACACACACGUGUACAUCUGAACUUUCUCUCACCCACAAAACAUGUGUACACGCACAUAUAUGCACACUUGCACAUUUUAUCUCUCACAUUCAUACACACACACACACGUUAAAUCUGUGUGGGAUUUCUACUAUUGUUUUACACACACACACACACACACACACACACAUAAUAAGCCUGUAAGGCCUGGCACUGUGUAUGUUGUUUUCCAGGUCUGUGAAUACCUUGUUCUUUAGAUACACUAAGGCAGUGGGUUAUAGUCCCAUCCAUCCAUCAUCUAGCCCAUUUGUUCCUGGUCAGGGUCACGGGGUGUGCGGGAGCGUAUCCCAGCAUGCACUGUGCGCGAGGCAGGAACACACCCUGGACAGGCCGCUAAUCUAUCGAAGUGCAGGUAAAAGUAAAAUGGAGAUUCAAAAUGAAUGUAAAUCAGUGCCACACAGACCUUGCAGCAUAGCCUGCAUAGCCUUGCAUACACCAUACUGUUCUUUCGAAGUCGGGAGUUGACACAGCAAUGGAACAUGGAUCAUUAAGCAUCCAAAAACUCUUGUCAAAACACAUUUAGCCUUCAGAGAACCAGUUUUUUUUUUGUCGGUCCUCUACCUUAUCGAAAGAUGCCUGGCUGUUGGAAUUGUCCCAUCCUUGCAGCUGGCCACGCCUCUACGGGGGUACAGAAUCGGAGAAUGUUCCAGAACUGUUUCUGAGGCCAGGAAUCAUCAGCCCUUAUACCCGAUGCAGCGCACGUUUUAAGGUGCUGAGUCGAGGUACGAGUCUGGCAUCGACUCGGGCGGCCAACCCCCGGAGACAGUUGCUGGAAAUGGUGAUGUGGGUCGCGUCACCAUUGGACGAUUGGAGUUUGUGGGUGUGCUAAUUCCCAGAAUUCCUGCCAGUGACCCGCCGUACUGUGACAGAGACUCUGAGCUUUUGUUUCGUUUUUUCGGGGGAGCUGGGUGUUUGUUUUUAAAUUGCUGUUCUCGUUUGAAAUAAAGCGCAUGGUGGUCAAA